UUCUUCCCUGUUGGGUCCCAGUUCCUGAAUCAUUUGUCUUUUUUGAUUUGGAGGCCUUGAUUUUGGGAACACAUACAUCAGUAUCCUCCCAGGAAAGUCAGCAUGCCUGGGAAUGGGCGGAGGGAUGGAUGACUGUUUUGAAAUUUUGCUGCAUGUCUAAAGAUGUCUUUAUUUUACCCACAUAAUUGAUUUAUAAUUUGGAUUGAUAUAGGAUUUUGUGUUGUUAAUUAUGUUCCCUCAAAUUUCACAGGUUUUCUCCACUGAAUUCUAGCUUCCAGGGAGGCUAUCAGUAAUUCCCAAGCCAUUUUAAUGCUAAUCUUUCUCUGCAAGCUUUUAAGGUACUCUCAUUGUCUCAGGCUUUCCCACUGAGGGUUCUUUUCAUUCACUGCAAUGCCUGCAAGUAAACUCUUUAGAAUUUGUGCUGCAGACAUUUAUCAAGCUCUUGCUAUAUGCAAGAACUAUCUUAAAACUCAUGUCUGGAGUGCUAUAAAAUUUUCUUUUAUUAUUUCCUAUUUCCUACCCUUCAUUUUCUGUCUUCUCAAUUUAUAGUGCUCCUACAAUCUGUCUGUUGGAUAUCAGAUUUGACUCUCUAAUUUUCUUACCUUUUCUCACUUAUUUUCAUUUCAGUUUCUUUUGAAUAGUUAUCCUCCUGUUCAAGAGAUGUCCUAAAUUAUCUUCUGUUGUUUAAAAAAAUGCAACUUCUUAACCAUCUGAUUAAAUUAAUUAAAGUUUUAAAGUUUAUUUUUUCAUUUAUCUUGUUUCAUGUAAGUUCAUUUUUUUCUGUUUUGGAUUUUUUAUUUCAUAAUAGCCGCAUGUCUCAAAUAAUUGGAUGUUACUCCACUUCAGAGUAUGGCUUUGAGAACUGGUAGUAAGCUACGAGAGACCAGGCUUGUUGUCUGCAACUGUUUUCUCUAGGACUAAUAAAUUCUGCUAAAGCUGGUCCUCCAUUCUCCUGCCAAUCAGGAUAUAAAGCUAGCAUCCUUCAAUCUGAAUCUUCCAGGGGAAGGAAAGAGAAAGAGUGGACCAAAUGUCUCACCAUUUAGAAUGAAAAUGAUCACCCAGUGCCGGCCUUCCUUUCAUGGUCAGUGUGUCUUCUGUCCACUUAUGGAAAUCUUGAUGAUAACGCCUUUCUCCCAGAGUCAAGGACGGACAGCUGCUCAGCUUUGUGGGAUGAGAGAAGGCAUCUGAGGAUAUAACUGUUCCCUACAAUGUUUCAUUCCAUUCAUCUGGGUCAGCAGCCUCCCACACUCCUCUUUCUGAGCUACCUGGUGCUUCUAGUCCCUGAGUGUUUUCAAGGUUUUGUGGUCUGUUUUUGGCUUCUUUUCAUUAGGCGUGUACAUUCCCAGAAAGUUCAAAUCUGUGUGAGUUACCAUUUGGUGAUGACUCAUCUGCUGUUUUGUCUGCUGUUUGUGUCUAUGUUCUUACCAUUUGGGGGAUUUUGGGAGAUAAGCAUAUAUGUUCAAUUGGGUGCAUUUAAUUUCAAGUCUAUUUUACUGUUUCGUUCUAUCCAUUUUUCCUUUGGUCCAAACAUUUUCUCUCCUCUCAUUUUAUUCUUCCCAGUCUCCAAGUACCCUAAAGCAAUGAUCGUGGCCUGCCAUCGGUCUGUGAAGUGGGCAGCCAAGUCAUGGCAGGACUGAUUUUCAAGAGACAGGAACUACGAAAGGUGGCCUGACCUCAGCCUGGACUAUGGCUUUUGAGGGGGACUGGCAGGGGGUUGCUGGGCUGGUCUGGGGAUAGGAGGCAGCUGGUCAGCAAUAAUUACUACAGGCUGAGAAUUGCUCCAGGCUGCCUGGAAAGGAAAAGAUGGGCAUUGUAGGGAUCACCUGGACCUGGUCAGGAGAUUCUCAGAAACUCUAAGGAGAUUCUGGGGUGGUUGAGGUCACCAACUAAAAGGCAAGAAUGAUUUCAGUCUGCUGCAUUCAUGAUUACAGCUCCAUGGUUUUCUAGCUGUGGAGCCCUUAGGAAACUUGCUUAAUUCUCUGAAAUUCAGUUUGUUCAGCUGCAAAAUGGGGUCAUUAGCCAUACCUUCCUCCUAGAGUUGUGAAGUUAAUCCUUUAAUAUAUUAAAUGACUAAUAUAGCUUCAUGUAGUGACUCAAGAAAAAAAUGGUGUGGGAGGACUAGUCUUAUCAUGCUUCAUGUGUGACACAUGGUAUAUCCUGUUAAUAAACGUUUGUUAACUAGUUGAGUGAAAUACAUCUAGAGCUAAUUAUACUGAAUUGAAUUUUAUAGCCAGUUUUCUAUGCUAGGCAAGAAAACUAACAAAAAAACAUUUUAGCUGUUGCUUUUAGCUGGAAUAAUUAGCCACAUAGCACUGCAAUUGAAAAGAUGUAUAUUUCCAAAUCUCUUCCAAAUAUUCCAAUCUACACCGCCAGGUAGACAAAUCAUGACUGAUUAACCAAGAGCUAUGCUUUGUUUGGUCCAGUAACAACUCUGCCCCAGGCACGUCGGCACAGUCUUCCAGGGACUCUGACUGAUCAGCAAAGAACCAAAUGGCUGGUAAUUUCUAAUUUAUAAACACUGCUUGACGUAGGCAGUUGGGCAUUCUGCCACACUGCUAUGGCCUGAAAUGGCCCAACCACUUUUCAGUGCACGAAAAGCAAUUUCAAGUGACUUAAUAACUCUUUACCUACCCCCCUCUGUUGGGGUCCACAGACAACAUUGGAUGGAGAUGGCCACCAAGUGGCCUCAGGACAAGGAGCUCAGAUUACUGCUUCCCAGGGUUUCUAGCUGAACAAUGAGUAUAUUGUGAAGGUCCCAUCUGUCAAAGUAAUCAAAGUAUAAAGAGGGAAAUGAUACAAUUAGACCUUUAAGACACAUACAUUUAUCUUUGGUUUUUCAAAACUGAUCACAAUUUGGCCAGGCUUCCCUUGGCGAAGAAGACAGAGAUUGGCAUUCUUUCAUGCAAACUGAAAUCUUGCCUAAAAUGAAUCUCCGAGUACAAAGGUGAGAAAACAGAGAAGCAAGUAGGACUAUUGAGGGAGGCAUGGAAAAAAUCCUGUAUAUAAACUAAGUGUUCCAACAAGACAGAUAACUAAUUAGCUUAGGUUAAGCACUAUUUUUUUUUUAAUGAAACAUAUCCACCUGCUAAUAGCAUGGAAGGCUAUACACAGAAAAAAAAAAAAAAAAAAGAACUGAGAUAACUCCCGAUGGUAAAAGGCCACUGUCCUCUCUGGUUGCUGUGACCUCCAUCAGUGUUGCUGCUGGACUCCCGGUUCCUUCGUCAGUUCUCUUCUGUACUGAGGGGCUCAUGCAGAACUCGCGCUCUCACUUUCAGCCUCCUUGGCAGCUACAGUCGUGUGCUAGACCCCCACUGUUUGAAACUGGUGGGAUGCUCCUCCGCCUUUCAGAUGCUUUCUCUCUGCUCACCCCAAAGUCAUUCCUCACCUCUGCCAUCAGCCAUCUAUGCACCGGUUACACACAAGCCCCACUGCUUCAAAGCAGCCAUCCUCCCUCAGUGACCUGAGCCCAGACUGCCACACUCAGACUAACCAUCUUUUGACCCUGCCUGGGGCCACAUGGUACUAGUUACAAUUUCCCCACAAAAAUCAUUACCUUCCUGAAGGAGAACUUUUCUUCUUCCUAUCUUCCCCAUUCCCUUAGACCAAGAUAAGCAAGACUUAUUAUCCAGGUGCUAUGGCCUCUUCUUGCUUCUCUGGUGAAUGAAUUAUUGGGUAUUCGGGGCACCUACAACCUUGUCUGGAUCUGAAAGGGCAUCAGAUGGAAGGCAGGCAGACACCCAGACAUCCCUUAACAACUCUGAAUGCCAUUAGGCUGGUGUCCUUCUUCCUGCAAGGUGCCUUAGAGCAAGGGCUCAUCAUCACUUGUCUAGACAAAAAUCCUGAUCUGUUUAAUGAAUCUAGCCUUACAAGAACCUCAGACACAAGCAAGAGCGUCACCCCAGAACCAUUCCUAAGAAAUGUGUGUUUAAGAACCUGAAUGGAAUUCCUAGGCCAUAUUUUGUCCUGCCAACACAAGGGCAUAAUACUGGACUAAAUGUUGGUGAAAUGUCCCUGAAGAUGAUUAGAAAUAUGCAGUAAUUUUUGGGGUCCACUGUUGAUUACUCCUAACUUGUUCUUCAUUUUUCUACCUUGAUGAUAGAAACAAUCUCCUUGGGAAAGGGAAGUGCUUCCCCAGUCCCAGUCACAUCUGUAAACUUCUGGCAUUUAAAAACUGGGUUGAUAUUUACUGUGGUGCCAGUCACACUCUACCUUACAUGAACAAAGGCUUCUCAUUUUAAAGGAAGUAGGGAAUCCCUUUCCAGGAUUGAUGUCUUCAGGAAAUAAUACUGGGGAAAGUCAGUUGACUAAUGUUAGAGCUGGACUUUUAAUGAUCAAGACUACUUUUGGCCACCUAGACUGCUGCUUCUUAUGAGAGCUGAAGCAGACCUAGAAAUUCCGACUUUGAGGGAUUAGAUCAGGUUUCAAGGCAUUUUAUGUCUUCACCAAGUAGGAGCAACCAACCAAGAAAGCAUCAUAUAUAUCAAGGACAAUGGGGUUACUCCAAUUUUACACAUUUUCUGUCCCUAUAACUUCAAGCCACAGGUAAAUGAAAUGACCCAGUGAAGCCAGUUCAUCACUGAGCUCCAUCCACAGCCCUUUAAAUCUAACUGGUUCACUCACACAUCAUGGUGCAAAGAGCAUGGAAUCAAAUUAUAAAUAUCGAACUCAUCUCAAAUAUUUGCCUAACACUCUCAGGCUUUGCCACCUGACCUGUUAUUUCCAGCUCCUCAAUCUUCUGGCUGUUCCAGCUCCCCAAAUUUGGCUUUAAAUCCUCUUGCUAUUUAGCACUCCAUUUGAACCUCAUUAAUUGGUUUUUAAACUCAAACCCCUGCUAUACUCUUGGGAUCACAGCAGGGCUGUUUCCCUAAAUGUUUUGGCUUUCCAGAAUGCUGACUGUCACUCACACCCCACCAUUAUGUCCAGGUCAGCCCCCUUAAGCUCCUUUUUAAAUUUUUGUUAGAGGAAGAUGUGAUUAUUCAUUAAAUGCCUAAAGAAACGUUGCCAUAUAAAAUAUUUUAACUGAUUUGUUUUUAACUUUUUGAGCUAUGUGUAUCCCCUCUCCAACCCAAGUACAUAAUGCUGUAAGUCAACCUAACUCAUUUUUGAAGACUUCCAUUAGAUGUGCUGCUGCUAUGGCCUCCUAUCUCUAUAUCCACAGCUACGUUCUCAUGUUAUUGACACUGAACUAAGCAAUCCAUUAAUACAUACAAACAUACUCACAAAAAAUUAAUCUUCCUUUCAUCCCUAAUUCCUGCUUGCAAAUGGAUAGUCUUUGCCAUAUCUGUGUUUGCAUCUGAUUCUGAUUCUUGGCCAUUAUUUUCCCCUGGAUUCAGUUAAAGUCACUUCUUCCCAUUCCUGCCAUUUUCUCCCAGCUGACUACUCAGCCACCUUUACACAGCAGUAUGUUCUGAGACAAUCUUAUGCCAAAAAUUCUGUGUUUGCUCUUGAGGACAGAACUAAAAUAGAUAAGGCAAAAUUAUAGCAAAAAAUGGUAUCUUAAUAUAAGGAAAAUCUAGCCAUGUGUGGUAUUUUGCUAAAGCUGGCUAUCUCCGAAGUGAUGAACUCAACUGCAAUUAAUAUACUUAAGUCAAGGUUGAAGGACUAACAUAAUAAAAUAUUUUUUUUUGGAAAGAGAUGCAUUAGAGAACUCCAAAGAGUCUUUCUACUUCUAAUAUUAUAUGAAAAUAAUAUGUUCAAAUAACAUUAAACUCAAUUUUGUCUGAGGCAUCAAAGGCUGAGAGUAAAUGGUGACUUUCACAUCCCCAAGUGAGCUGAAGGAGCAGACUCCCUGCAAAGCACAUGUUAUGGGAGUGAAACUGAUUCUGCCAGCAUAGGGAGCCAACCAGGAAAAGAGAAUUGUUGCGGAGAAAGGGAUAACCCCAUAGCCUCUGCCAUAUAUAGUUGCUGAACACCAUUCUCCCACCUCCUCCAACCAAGUCUAAGCUUUGAAGAGAGAGCUUGACUUGUGUUCUUAUGCCCAGGGAAAUGCAUAGAAAUAAAGAAUGGGGCCAGACACAAGUUUGAGAAAUUUAAAGGUGACAGAAGUCACUAAAGCUGCCUUCCUCAUGGUACAGCAAGAUGACACAAGUCCUAGAAAGGGAGCUACACUUACAAUAACAGGCUUAGUUUCCCCAUGGGGCAAAUGAAGCUGUUCUUGAGCCGUCCUGAAAGAGCCUCCACCCAAGAGGGUUGCCUGAAUACCAAGGGGAUCUUAAAACAAUGUGAUACAGUGCUAGGAUCCAGGGUCUGAGGGAGGAAGUGGGAAGCUGAUGCUGGAAGAAGCGUUCAAGUAUCAGCUAAUACUCAGCCAAUCAAUACACACCACUAUAUGUGGAGGUCCCUUGUGUGUUUUGAGGGUACAUAGAAUGAAUUGCUUGGAAUGAUGGGGAGUUUGGGGAACUAUCACUGGAGGAUUCGAUUAGGACCAAACUUUGAAGGUCAGCCUAAAUUGUAUGAUCUAAAUCAAUACAUGAAUUCAGCAUAGAUAUUAGGCUGAGAAAGAUCAUGAUGUCAGAUGAUUGGGAAAUAUAUUCUUCCUUGGUCCCACUUAUUUCCCUAUUAUGAAGCAGAUUUUUCCCAAAUUAAAUUAAACCAAUUUCUAUUGAGGUUUAUUCCUUCAUAUUCUUUCCUUUAUCCUUGUACUCAGCUUUUUGCUUUCCAUGUGUUUUUUGUUCACCUACAUGAAGUCAGAUUUAAUCGUGUCUUCAGUGCUCUAUGCUAGUGUUACAUUGCCUGCUAAUAUCAUUCCUACUUCCUGAGAUCAUUAAACACAAGACAUUGAUACAUCUUAUCAGAGUCUUUAUUUCAAUUAUUAUACACCAAACCCAAACUUUCUGUCUAAUGUGAUCCUCACUUCCUUAGAAAUGCAUCUGACUUGAUCAUCAAAUCAUUUUACUUAAGCCUUUCAAAAUUUAGUUAAAAAAUCAAUUCGUCUAUAAUGCAUACAAUAUUUCUAUAGAAUUAAAGUCAUUAUCCCAAAGGAAAAAUUCCAAAUUAAGGUUAUUGAAAACUAUAUCCAUCCUAAAAAAAUUCCACUGUGCCUCACCUUACUUCCAACUUCUAUUUAAUUCUUAUUUGAGCCUAGGCUCUUUCGUCAGAUAGGGCUGGGUUUUUGAAGGAGCUGUCCACCCUAGCAAAUGUCUCAGCAUUUCAAAAUAUUAAUUAUAACAGUAGUCAAUUAGAAAUGUUUCUGGCAACUUUCUAGCUCUGAAAGUGUUUUCUAAUAAUAACUAUUGGUGAUAUUAAUAAAGAAUCUUGGGAAAAAGGAACAACUAUAUAAAAUUAUAUUUCUCAAUACACAUUACUAUUGUCUCUUAUGUCUGUUGCAUAUUUUUAUUUGUUUACUUAGUGCCAAAAUCCUGGAACUGCGCUUGUGGGACAUGUACAAAGAAAGUGUCUCUGGUCUCUGAGGUCUUUCCUGAUUCACCAAAAUGUAUUAGGAAAGCAAAGUGACUGUCUUGGCAAAGAACCACAGUAUUUUGCUGCAUUUGUUUGUUUUUAUUAACACAACUCAUAUUUGAAAUAAAAACACAUUUUAUACCAUACUCUUUGGUCCCCUCAUUUUACAUAAUAUCACAACUUAAAUGCAUUUUUAAAAUAAGUGUAUAUAGAAGGGUGUUAUUUUUGUUUUCUGACUUUAACAGUUGAGAGAGUGUGUGUGCGUGUGUGUGUUUUAAGAAUUCCUUUAGGUCAGUUCAAUUUAUCUCAUUUUGUUUUGUUUGUGUAACUUAAAAUCACUAAUCAUUUUCUUGUUUAAUGUUAAAAUAGUUCAGAUAAAAUGCGAAAGCAAGAAAUUGCACCUGAUACUUGAAAGUCACUAUUCCUGACAGCACUUCAUCUUUUUUCAUGCCCAUAUUGGCUUUUCUCCCGGCCCAUCCAUUCCUUAAUGUAAGUGUUAUAAAUUGCUCUAAAGUGCCAUAAAGCAUAAUACACAUAAAUCAAUAUUUCUUGGUUAAAAACUUAGAAAUUCUGGUCCGCCUCAGGUUGGUUAUAGGUGUCCUGAAUCUAUCAUGUCCCUUGCUUAUUUCUUCUUACCAGAAGUCAUUUCUGGGCCCAAGAAUGCCUCCCUUUUUGUUUUUCUCUCUGACCCUUGUCCCCUGGACACUUGCAGUGACACAUCAGGAUGGAUUGUGGGGAAGAUAUCAUCCAGCAGCCUUAGAAAAGCCCCAUUCUUUUUCCUUUUGGCCUCUGAUCCUGGCAACUUUGGAGGAGUGCAGUGAUGUUCUCAGACAAAGUCAGACCGCAGGCUGGCAAUAUGUCAAGCUCAUCUGAGGCAAAUUCCAGUUUGUCAUGGGAAAAAAAAAUGUUCAUUUUCUUCUGGGAUUCAAUGAAUUAAGCAAAAGCCCACUCUUUUCCUUCUGGUUUUUGCAAAUGUGUCAUCUGAUCUAAAUGGAACACCUGCAGGCAGCUUAAUGACAAAAAUGACACAUUUGAAUUCUGCUAUCUUUGGAAUUUUUUAAUAUGAUCAUAUGCUGCACCCUUGGGUAGAAAACCACAUCCCUCUCCUGGAAAUGACAGCUUGCCCCCACAGCCAACUGACGCUAUUUAUGUGGCGUUGUUGUUAUUUAUUCCCAUCUCAAAGGGGAUGAUUGAAUGGCUUUGUGGUUUCUCCCAAGACGCUGUAGAGCUAUAUAGUAUGAAAUCUGCAAGCUCAGGUGAUCAUCUUUCUUGAGAAGAUUUUCACAGAUGGCUCUUUGGAAAUUGCAUGAAAAUGUUGGUAGGACAUUAGACAAAGUGAUUUUAUUAAGCUUAUUGACUCACAGUUCACUUUUCUUACUAAUUGUGAUCCUCUGCACACAGAAGGCAGACUGCCUUCUCCCUAAAACCUCACUCAGCUCCAGCAGAAAGCAGGCUCUUCCUGGAUAUUAAGAAGCAGCUUUUGCCUGAGGAAGACACAGCUACCUAGAUUGUGUUUCAUGGGAAUAAGAAUGGGGAGAAUGAGACAGACUCCAAUCCCCCAGUUAUCUCCCUCCCACCUGUCCCAGUCUCAAACACUUUCAUUGACAUUCAUUCCUUAGGAUUUGGAAAACUUGUAGAUCAAUAGAAAACUAAGUGAUCUCUAAGUAUAUGAAAAGAUGCUAAGCUGUACUCAUAAGGGCAAUAUAAAUAGCAAAGAUCCUCAGAUGUCAUUUUUUACUAAUGAUAUUGGCCAAACAAUUUUAACACAAGAAGAUUUUGUUAUGUCAUUGCUGGUGAUUCAAGCCUUGUGGAGGAGCACUAGGAAUAGCUAUCAAACUUACAAAUGCAAUUGUUCUUGGAUUUCAGCAAUUCCAAUCUUAGGACUUGAUCCUAUAAAAAAAACCCUGCAUAUAUGAAUGACAAAUAUAUAAAAUUAUUUCUUGCAGAGUUCUGUAAAUAUCAAAAUUCAAAACAACUUAAACUUCUUCACUAAGGGACUGGUUAAAUUAACCAUGGUAUAUCCACAGAAUUGACUAUUAUACAGUAGUACAAAAGAAAGCGGCAGCUCUUAAUAUACUGGAAAUAUCUCUAGGAUGUAUCUUUAAAUGGAAAAACAAAGACAUAGAACAGUACAUAUGUGUUAAUAUAUGUAUACAUGAAAGAGGAAAAAAAUUCAUAUUUAGUCUUGUUUUCUAUUUGCAUAAAGAUAUACUUAAAAUAUAAAUUAAAAACUAAUAAUAGGGGUUACCUGUGGGAAGUGAUGAAAGGAACAAAACUGAUGAGAUUGGAGAGAAGAGUAAGAAUUCUCAAUGUAUACUGCUUUGAUUUUUGAGCUAGGUGAAUGUGUAACUAUUCAAAACAUUUUAAAAAUAAGAAGUCAUAUAUUUAUUUACUUUGUAACUCAUUUUAUUGUGGUAAAACAUAUAUAACAAAAUUUGCCACUGUAACUACUUUUAAAUUGACAAUUAAGUGGCAUUAAUUACAUUCACAAUGUUGUGCAACCCUCACAACUUUCGAUUUCCAAAAAUUUUCCUCAACCUAAACAGAAACUCUGUAUUCAUUAAGUAAUAAAUUUCUGUUCUCCACUCUCCUCAUCCCCUGGUAACCUCUGAUGUACUUUCUGUUUCUAUGAAUCUGCCUACUCUAGAGAUUUCAUAUCAGUGGAAUCGUACAAUAGUUGUCAUUUUGUGUCUGACUAAUUUCAUUUAGCAUAAUGUCUUCAAGGUUCAUCCAUGUUGUAGCAUGUAUCAAAAUUUUAUUCCUUUUUAUGGCUAAAUAAUAUUUUAUCAUAUGUAUAUAACAUUUUAUCUAUUCAUCUGUAGAUGGACAUUAGGGUUGUUCCCACCUUUUGACUGUUGGGAAUAGUACGUCAAUACACACUAGCAUGUGAGUACCUGUUUGAGCCUCUGUUUUCAAUUAUUUUGGUUAUUUAUGUAGAAGUGACUUGCUGAGUCAUGUGGUAAUUCCAUAUGUAGCUUUCUGAGGAACUUCCAAACCAUUUUCCAUGACAGCUACCCCUUUUUACAUUUCUACCAGCAAUAUACGAGGGUUCCAAUUUCUCUACACCCUCACCAACACUUGUCAUUUUCUGCUAUUUUGAUUAUAGCCAUCCUAAAGGGUAUGGAGUAAUAGCUCCUUGGGGUUGACCUACUCAAAAUGUUUAAGUUGAUAAGAAAGCUAUUCAUAAAUGCCUUCUAUUAAAAUGUAGAAGACAAAAUUGAUGGCUCCCACCUGUAAUCCCAGCACUUUGGGAGGCCGAGGUGGGAGGAUCACUAGAGCUCAGGAGUACAAGGACAGCCUGUGCAACAUGGUGAAACCUCCAUCUCUACAAAAAAUCCAAAAAUUAGCCAGGUGUGGUGGUGUGUGCCUGUGGUCCUAGCUACUUGCGAGGCUGAGGUAGGAGAAUCGCUUGAGCCUGGUAUGUAGAGGUUGCAGUGAGCCAAAAUUGCACCACUGCACUCCAGCCUGGGUGACAGAGUGAGACCCUGUCUCAAAAAAAAAAAAAAAAAAAAGAAAGAAAGAAAAGAGUAAUACUGUGAAGAAACACCAUCUCAAAUUUGUUACUAAAUCAACAAGUUGGCUGACAUUUAGCAGACCUCAGGUUGCCAAGGUGUGGGCACUGGGUAGGCCCUAUCCUCUGAAUGUACAUAAAAGCCACUCGUAAUUACAGUUGUUAUUAUUAUUGUUGAAUGUCUAUCAAAUGCUAGCAAUUUAUGCCAUUAUUUUCCCCUGAAAGUUCUCUGAGGUAGAUAUUUUUUAUCCCUAUUUGAUAGAUGAGGAAGCUGAAGUCCUUCCAGGAUAAGAAAGCCAAAGUCAAACUGCUGGUAAAUGGCAAUGCCAGGAUUUGAAUCAAAGUUGUCUUGAUGUCUGGACUUUUUUCCACCCAAAACAAGGCCUUUAGGCCCAAGUCUUUUCCUUUCUUUCUGAUUUGAUACUGUGGCAUCUGAGCUAGUUUACACCAUUUUCUCUGAAAUCUCAGGCUCGCAAGACACCACCAAAGAACACAGAUCUUUCUAUCAGCUUGGCACCUGGAGCUUUCUCCUUUCUCUGAGACCUGCAAAUUUGAAUAUAUCUGCAGCCAAAUGGCAGGUUCCUUCACAAAAGGAAGUAAGCUGUAAUGCACAAGAGAUAGGCUGACUGCUUCGCUAAUCUGAACUGGGAUCUGGCAGGAGAAAGGUGAGCAGACCCAAUGGCCAGAGCUUUCCAUCCAUGAUCUGACAAGUGGAAUGAACGGUCAACCCCUUCUUUGUAAAUCAUGCCUUCCUCUGAGCACAGUGCCCUCAUCUGUGAAUAGCUGCUGCCAAAAUGCUGGAUGAAGUGGCCUAACCCACCUAAGAGAGUCUACUGAAAAGCUCACCAAUCACCUCUUCACCAGGUCCAUGAGUGAGUGGGGUUGUUAGCAACACCCAUCUGCACACAGGGAAAUAUGAAGUCCCAGGAAAUUCAUGAUCUUGCCAACUGUGCUGAAUUCUUUCCCAUACAAACACAAACUGCUUUUUUUACCACUUCACUGCAACACAGAGAAGAUUUUAAUAUAAUAAAUUACAAUAGGAUAUAUUACAAUGGUAAUACACACACACACACACACACACACACACAUAUGAAAACUACUCAUUCAGGGAAAACACCACAAUUCUGUUGUAUUAGUCUGUUCUCACACUGCUAGUAAAGACGUACCCAAUAGUGGGUAAUUUAUGAAGGAAAGAGGUUUAAUUAACUCACAGUUUGGCAUGGCUGGGGAGGCCUCAGUAAACUUACAAUCAUGGCGGAAGGGGAAGCAAACACGUCCUUCUUCACAUGAUGGCAGGAAGGAGAAGCCAUCAUGUGAUGGGGAGAAGCCCCCCAGCAAAGGGGGAAGGCCUUAUAAAAUCAUCAGGUCUCAUGAGAACUAACUCACUAUCACGAGAACAGGAUGGGAGAAACCACCCCUGUGAUUCAAUUAUCUCCACCUGGUCCCUCCUGCAACAUGUGGCGAUUAUGGGAACUACAAUUCAAGAUGAGAUUUGGGUGGGGAUGCAGCCAAGCCAUAUCAUCUGUCUUGGUAGAUUGUUGAUUUGAGCUCAAAGGGAAGGUCAAAAAAAGUGAGAUCUGAAGCCUGUUGGAAAGAUCUGGAAUACAUGUUCCACUCUGCUUUUUCCUUUGUUCUACUUGUAGCAGUGUGACUGUCCACCCAUCUCAGGAAUCUGCAGGACCCUGCUCUUGCCUCUUUUUUUUUAGGUUUAAUUAUUUUUAAUAUUUUAUCAUAAGUAGUAAAAAUAAAAUGUGAAAUUUCUUUUCAUUGUAAACUUUGAAGACAGAAAAAGUGAAUUCCCCUUACUUCUCCCCAGUCUCCUUCCACAUGGAUAUUUUCUAUUACUAAAUCCUUGUGUAUUUCUCAAGGUCUUUUAAUAAACACGUUAGUACAUUACAACUCAGCUUUUUAAUCAGUAAACCUCUAUACAACUAAUAUUUUUUGAGCACUUAAAGGCUAUGGGUUAGGCACAGGGGAUAUGGAAAGAUUAAGUCAUAAUAUAUUGAAGACUUUUGCCAGGAAUUUUGCUGAGGGGUUCAUUUUUGGUAUUGUAUUUAAUCUGCACAACAACCCCCCAAAAUGUACUACCAUAUCAAUGAGAAAACUGAAACUCAGAGAAGCUGAGUAAUUUCCCAAAGGUCGCACAGAUGAUAGAACGCAGAGCCCAGAUUCAAACAGAGGGGUGGCUGUCUAGAGUACCUAGUCUUAAACACACAGCACAGCAAUAUACUAAAAUAAUUGUCAGCCUUUUGUCCACUCUGUAAGACCCUCUUCUCAAGACUUUACAUAGAUUGGCUUAUUUAGUGUUCAUGGGAACUUGAAUGCAGGUUAUUAUGCCCAUUUUACAGAUGAAGAUACUGAGGCACGAUGAGGUUAAUUACCAUAUCAAGAUUAUGCUAGUUACAAGUGCAGAGCUGGGAUUGGAAUUUCUACAGUCUGGUUCCAUAGCUGCUUCUCCUGACUCCCAUAUUAUGAUGCCUAUUCUAAUGUUAUGUGCAUAGAUGCAUACUCAUGCUUGAGUACUCUGCAGCUCUUAAUCACGUUUGCUUAGAGUUUUUAACAACAUUGAAAAAUGCUUAGUUAUAAUGUAACAAAAAAUAGACAAUUGCAUAUAUGGUAUGAUUCUAAUUAUAUCAACUAUAUAUAGCAGAAAAAAUUUGUGAGAAAUUAAUUGGUUUUGGUUCCUCCUGAUAUAGAGUUUUUUUUGUUGUUAUUAUUUCAAGAAAGUCACCCAUUCUCUGUGUUUCCAUAUCUCAUUGGAGACUUUCGUAUCGCUUUGUUCUACUUGUAACAGUGUGACUGUCCACCCAACCCAGGACUCUCUUUUAUCUCUUUUUUUAGGUUUAAUUAUUUUUAAAAUUGUAUUAUGCCUAUAAUAAAAUUAUAUUAAUAAAAUUAUUAUAGGCAUAAUAAUAAUGGGAAGGUCCAAAGCAGAAGUUUCCUGACACUCCACAGAUGCCAUGCUCACCUCCACCCCAGCUUCCUAGAAAAGGUUGUGCUAAGUGGGGAUAUGGAGGGAUGGCUGAGAGGCAAGUGUUUCUAGAGUGAAAAAGCGGAAACAGGAGAAUUAGCAAUGGAGAGAUUAGGAGCUUCUCCCGUCACUGGGAAGUGGUUGAGACUUUUUUUUCCCCCUCAGUUUCCUUCUACAUGGUGACAGCCAGCCUACUAGUAAUAGAACUUUUGGAGGAAUAGUGCAAUUGUGUGGUGCCCUUUCAUAGGUUUGGGGGGAAAAUGGUAGAAUAUUAAAACUCAUGGACUGGGAGCCCAUAUCAAAGGUUCCUACACCUGGCUUAAAAAAGUUGGAGAACUGUGGUGGCCAGUGUGGAAUGGAGAACCACACUCUUUUUCAGAAUUCAACUGCAGAAAACCACACACGACUCUUUUGAAAGACACCCUGCCUACCCAAUCUCCAUCCAAGAUAGGAGUUAAUAAUUACUGGGAUUUUCCUCCAACUCAGCUGGUGAGGACUACAAUUUAAUUUGAUUUAAAAACAGAAGGAAUGUGACAUUCCACAUAGAGAGAAGACACAAGAAAAUCCCAACAAUUGUCUUCAGGUAGUAGAAUCGUGGGUGAUUUUUUUUUCUUUAUAAUUUCAUAUAUUUUUAAGUUUUCUAUGAUUCUCACUUUCUACUUACAAAAUCAUAAAACCAAUUACUUUAUUUAAACUCUUAUUAGUUAUAUCACUUCCCCAUCCAUCUGGCUUAGUUAUGCUUUAUUUUCAUCUAGACAUUUUUACACUGCAAAUGUUUGUUACAAGUAGGACAGCUAUGAUUUUUCUCUAGAAUCCAAUCCUAGAAUUUGCAUUUAGAUAUAUGUAAAUUAAAACAAUUUAGGCCAACAUCAUUCUAUAUCCUACUUUUAAAAGAAUUUUUGAAAACUAGAGGGGUUUCAUCUUUUUGCUCCCUGCCAUCCUUUAAAUUCAGGAUCAGGAACAUAACAGGCAGCAUGGGCCAAGACAGAGUCAUGGAGGAAUGAAGCCACACCUUGAACAAUGCUCCUCCAAAUGGUGAUUUUUGGCAACUAAUUCAAACAUAAAAAAUGGAAUGUGGGCCAAAUGUAUAGGCCUAGAAGAGAACCUCAUGAGCUGCUUGCAGAGUAACAGCAACCACUUUGCAGUUUCUGCUUGAGCCAGUCACUGGUUUACAGUUGUAGUUCUUCACUUCAAUUAGAUGUGAACUGAUACCAAAAAUAGAUGUACUGUGUCAGGUUACUUUAUCCCAGACUGUAGCCAAGUGUACUAUAAUCCUACAUAAAAACUAGUACUCUUUAAAGACCAUCUCGAGACAGAUCUGUCCUUAAACAGUCCCCCAAGGCUUUAGCACCAGGGCCGUUAAUUUCAGGUACAAUUCCUAGGUAUUCCCUGUUUGUCUCAAACAUGUGAGAGUUUCAGAGGAAUUCCAGUUGCUUGAUAGUAAUUUUUUCUGUGUCCCAUAGUCCCGCCUGUAAUUUGCAUUCCAGUUUUUUGCAAGAACUGAGCUUUUCCUCAAGGCAUUCCACUGUGUUUUUGAGUUUAUUGUCCCGUUGUAACGUGGGCUAAGUAAAUGCAGACUGGGUCCUAACCCUCGGUCUUGUAUGAUUUCUUUGAGCCCAUUUGCCAGCCUUCCUCAUGUUUCCCAGCACCCCAUAGGGGUAUGUUCAGAUAAAUGCUUGCUACUUAUGGCUUUAGAUCUGAACCACCUUUCUUGGCCCAUCCCUGCUAAAAUAUAUACUCUUUGGGUCAUCAUUUCCUCCUAACCCAUCUUUCCAAGCAAUGGAAGAAUACAUCAUCUUACCAUCUUCCUUACUCUCCAACAAAUUAACUUUUUGCAUCUUCAUUCUUCACCACUCAUAUAAUAAAGUUCCAUAAACGUUUAUUGAAUAACCAACCACCUUAUGUUGACCCUAUUUCAGGUACACAAAGGUGAGUAAAAUGAGAUGUUUGCCUAUAAGGAAGCUAUCCUUUAGUGGGUUUAUUUUUUCCUAGGGCUGCCGUAACCAAAUGCAUGACUUAGAACAACAUAAAUGUAUUGUCUCAUAGUUUCGAUGGUUUAAAGUCUGAAACCAAAAUCAAGGUGCUGGUUGGGUUGGUUUCUUCUAAAAGCUGUGAGGGAGAAUCUGUUGCAGGCCUCUUGUAGCUUCUGGUACUCUCAGGCUAUAGCCUCAGUGCCUGUAGCCUCAGGCACUCUCUGGCUUGCAGACAGUGUUCUCCCUGCACCCUGAGUCUUCACAAUGUCUUCUCUGUACGAGCAUCUGUGUCCAAAUUUCCCCAUUCAGGGCCCACCUUACACCGUAUGACCUCAUCUUAACUAAUUACAUCUGCAACAUCCCUGUUUCCAAAUAAGGUCAUAUUCUGAGGUACUGGGGGUUAAUCCCAAAAUAUGAACUUUAGGGGAACUCACUUCAACCCAAAACAGUAGACAAAAAUGCAUACACAUGGGAUUAACUGGAAUAAAAUAUGAAAAGCUGAAUACUAAUGAUAAGCACUAAAUGCCAGCAAAGCACAAAGAAGGAGUGUUACAUUGUGAUUAGGGUAGACUGGGCAGAGAUUGCAAAAUGAAGCACUCAUUCAAACAGCACUGUCAAGGAUUCUCCUGGUGUGGCUGCCUGGAGUAGAGAAGAAUGUCCGGCUGUUGCCGAGCAUGUAAAAGCCUUCCCCUUCUCUGGGCUCUUUAGGGCACACCUUUGACCCAUGUCUGAGUCCACCACAGAGGAAAUGGUCUCCCCACAGCAUGAGCUAUUCAUCUAAUAUCCGAGUAUCAGAGUCUACUGUAUUUAUCAGAUUUAUUAGAUAAAAUCACCUGAGGGCGGAAGUACCAAUAAGUAUGAGUAAUUAAAACACUGAGCAGCAAUAUUAUUAAAGGUAUAUUAAAAUCAAUGACAUCCAUUUGAAAAGAUAUAUUUCACACCCUGUCCUCCACAGUAGGAGAUGUGGCUGAGCAGAAACAGGUCAAGCAGGGAGUAUUGUUAAUGAAAGUCCUCGUGGAAAGGCUGCCUGAGACAAAAUGAGUUAAAAUCUUUAUUGUGUCUUGACAGCCCACAUGAAUCUAUGAUGAUGAUAAAUGUUCUCAUUUAGAACUUUUUCUUUUCCUGAGAUAUUUUACAUGUUAUCUCCAAUUUGCUUUGAAUUUCUCAAAAGACAUAUGCUCACAGAAGAAAGUCUCUGCUUGCUUUUCAUUAAGUAAGAUCUUAUCAGGCUGUUCGCAUGUGGCAUCACAUUUGAACUAUUAAUCUUAUGACAGGAUAUUAAAAAGGGGGGAGGGGAAUUCCUUAACAGGUUGAGGGCCAUUACACUUGAGAAACAGCCCUCAGCACCCAGGAACAAGAACCAGCCCAGGAACUGCAACCGCAAUGACUAAUAAGACUUUCCUGAAGCCAACACUCUAGGCAAAAAGGUUGCUUCUUAGGAGGGUGUACCCUGGACAGAGGAAGCUGAAAUGACUUGUGUGCCGCUUGGCUGGACUGUGGUGCUGCUGGAUCAUUGACCUGCAGGAUCUUGGUGGGGCGCCAGGGAGUGAUUGUUAAUCAGAUUGGUGUCAAGUGAUUGUUAACUCUCAGUGACGUUAAGGCUUCUCUGGAAUUGAGGCACAAACCAGUAAGGCAAAACACAGAUCUAGAGUAAAAAGAAAAAUAAUAAUUCUGUAUCCCUACUAUGGCAAGUCUAUAAAGUACAGAAACACACUAGUGUACACUCAAACACACACACAAAGAGAGACACAAAAGCAACACUCUAAGAAACCAAUAGGAAACUGGCUUAAGAGAAGGCUUUGGGGAUAAGUGAGGUCUUCAUGACUUUCUGGGCCAUAAGGCUGGGACAAGACUUUCACAUUUGUCCCAACAGUAGUGAGAAUCUUUGAUGGAUUUUAAGCAAAGAAAAUACACAACCAGAAUUGUAUUUUUCAAAGGUUAUUUUGACAGUGGUAUGGAUAAUCCAUUUAAAAUACGGCUAGAGAAAGUCAGAAUGCUAUAGAAGUCUAGGUGACCACCUUCGCCUAUGGCUGGCCUAUGGAAAUGAUGAAAGUAUAUAAAUUCCAGGAGAGUUUUGAAGUUCAAAUUAAAGAACUUGAUGAUGGCUUAAAUACCAGGAAUGGGAAAGAGGAGGAUAUCAAGGGAGAUUUCCAGUUUUCUGGGUCUACAACCAGACCAAUGGCAGGGAAUGAGGCAGAAAUGGGGAUAGCAGACAUGGUGGGGCAGGUCAUGAGUUGGAUUUUGGACAUAUUAUGUUUGCAAUGCCUAUGAAGUAUCUAAGUAGGGAUGUUAAGUUGUUUAUUUCCGUCUAAUGGUUAUUAAAUGCCAUAAAGUAGUCUGAUAUGUGAUCUACUGAAUACUGUCUAGAUAACUCUCAUUCAUUUUUCUAAGUCUUUAAUUUAAAAAAAAUUUGAAAUAUUUUUGCACUUGAAUAAAAUAGAAAAUCGUAGUAUUAUUGCAAAUUUAUAAAUUAAGUUGACUCAAAAUAUCUCGAGCUUCUUUCUCCCUUUUCUAUCCAGGAAAAGUGUUGUCAUUUGAACGUCGAGGGUUUCUCAGACCACCAGAAAAGGUAGCCAAACCAGGCCAGUGUUGACGAAAGCCUAAGAAAAAUUAGGUUUAUCAUCAGUAGAGAAUAUGUGUGUUCUUGCUAUAUGUUAACUAGUUUUUUCCUCUUCUUCUCCAGAUUAUCUCCUUUUGAUAUCUCUGCUUAGAGGAAUACAGAAUGUGGCCACAUGUUACUCUUCUACCAAUGUCAGGAUAAAGCAUGCAUUAGGAUCCCUCAGUGGAGAACUAUGUCCAUUCCAUGCUCCUUCCAACUAGUUUGAGAAAUGGCUCCAAAUUUUCCUUAAUAUUAUUCUGAAUUGCUCUAUGAAGUAAAUGUCAGGCAUUUUAUUUCCAUUUCCCUAAAAUAGAGAAUGGGUUGCUAGGGAAAAUGCCUAAGCCAGCCAUAAAGCAUUUCCAAAGGGAGGACAUAGUGAAUAAAAAUGUUAGUUCCUGUCUUGUUUAACAAGCUCUCAAGGCAGCUCCAAGGGGUAGUAAAAUUUAUACUCCUACCAGGACAGCUCCAGACUAUGGCAUCAGCAUGGGAUGGAAAGUAGCCCUGGGAAACAGAAUAGUGUGGUUGCCUGCUACCCUUUACUUAUCUGAAUAGUUUGUCUCUGCUGUGCCCAGGAGGUUUGCACCUCAUGGAGUGGGAGGUGGUGCAAUCAGGUAAGAAUGCUCUUUGCUUACUCCUUUAUCGGAAAAAGGAUGACUGUAAUGUGUGGGCUGGAGUGGAGUGGAACUGAGUUUAAAAUCUGCAGUAACAUAAAAUUAAAGACUAGGUAUUAACAAUGGCUUUGCACUCUGAGUUGCCAUGGGCUGAGAGGGACAGCUGGACAGCCAGAGGGAUUCCAGAGGGACUUGGCAGGACAGAGCAGUGUCAGCCAUCUUACUGCCUCGAAAAACACAGGUAGGAGCACAUCAGACUUCAGUAACACAGGAUUUAUCUCAGUAUCCAUUUUUUCUGAUUCUCAGUUUUCUUAUCCAUAAAAUAGAUUAAAUAAUAUAUGCUUUGUGAGGUUCUUGUGAAGAUUAAAUGAGAUGAAAAAUGCAAAGUGCUGGAGGAACACCUGCAGGAGCUCUAUCCAUGAAAAACUGUUGGCCGGGCACGGUGGCUCACGCCUGUAAUCCCAGCACUCUGGGAGGCCGAGGCGGGUGGAUCACCUGAGGUAGGGAGUUCGAGACCAGCCUGGCCAACAUGGGGAAACCCCGUCUCUACUAAAAAUAAAAAUAUCAGCCGGACGUGGUUGCAGGCGCCUGUAAUCCCAGCUACUUGGGAGGCUGAGUAACAAGAAUUGCUUGAACCCGGGAGGCGGACGUUGUAGUGAGCCAAGAUCGCGCCACUGCACUCCUGCCUGGGCGACAAGAGCUAGACUCCAUGUCACCCCAAAAAAAAAAAAAAAAAAAGAAAAGAAAAACUGUUAUUAUUAUUGACAAAAUAAAAGUAAAGGCUGCAUUCGAGACUGUUAAGAAAUUGUCACAGAAAAUAUUUUUAUUAGUCAUUGUACAGAUAAAGAAAAUGAUUCUCAUAUAAAGAAAAUUUUCUAUUUAAACUUUUUAUUUAAAUUUAAAUGUUCUAGUUAAAAUGAAAAAAUUACGAUGCUUCUGCCUUUUAUGAUGAGAGAUAAGAAGUCAUGUUAGUAGAAGAAUAAAUCAAAAUAUUCCCUUACCUGCAAAAAACUGAUGAGUGUACAAGCCACACUUAAGAAUUUGUGAUCAUGUUUAAGGAAAGAUGACAAUAUGAAGACCUUGAAUACUGCCUUAGUUUUGCAAAAGACCUUGCUAGGCCUUCCUGUUUAGGUCAAGAAAAGUCCCCAGAGAAGGUCUUAAGGAAGAAGAAAGAGGUUAAGAAAACUGGACAUAACCUGAGCCAAAAUUUUGACAUGGAUAUAUCCUCAUAGAACAAGACAAAAUACUGUAAGCAGGGUGGAUGGCUCUGUGUGAUGGUCUUGGUUGCAUACUCCCCUUCACUAAGGUCAAACAAAACCCAAAAAUCUCUUGUAAACACCUCUCAUUUUCAUUGUCCAUGUGGAGAAGAUCAAAGCUUUCAUUUGGCCUAAGUGACAUCCUAACCACUUUACAGCCUAUUCAGGUCCACCUUACAAUAUUGCACAUGUUGGAAAUGAAACUGGCGCUUAUGACUCCCAGAAGUAUAAAUUUUAAUGAAGAUUCUAAAAACUUUAUCUUGGCCCUGUGAUGGUGCAGAUUGAAAAAAAUUUCCAUUUCUGACAUGUCUAUAAUGAACUUCAUUGCUGCUUUUUAAAAGUUUUUCCUUUUGAUAAGAAAUUAAAGACUGAUUUCCUCUUUACAAAAGAAAAUGCCACUUUAUUCCCCAUACACACCCUCUCUCUUAGUAAAACAACUCUGAUUUUUAUAGCUGGGCAUCUUGCCACCCAGUUGAAGAUAUAUUUCCCUUGCAGCUAAAUAAGGCCAAGUGAUUAUGCUCUUGCCAAUAAUAUGUAAACUGAAGUGUAGCAAGGUACUUUUGGGAAGUCUCUUUAAAAAGCAUCAUUUCUUUUGUAUUUGUCCCUUCAUCUUCCUGCUACUCAAGAUGUACAUAUAAUGGCAGGCACUUCUGUAGGCAUUUUGGAUCAUGAAAUGUCUUUGAUGGAAACUAAGAAAAGUAGAGAAACAGAAUUGAAGGUUUCACAAUUCUAAAACCUUUGUAAAAGUUUUGUAAAAGGUUUUACAAUUGAAGGUAAUUAAUAUUACACUAUUAAUUAUAGUAAAGGUCAUGCUUCUGUGGAAAAAAAAAGAGUCCCUUGACAUGAUGGUUCAAACAAGUUAGGAAAGGCAGACUGUGCUUCUCAAAAUCAGCCAGAGAAUCAGACUGGCUGAGCACACUGCCAUCCUCAAUGCAUGGCUUCUAGAUUGCUUUAGCCUUUAUCAUUUGAAGCCAAUAGGAAGCAAGGAGAACAUCAAGGCACAUAAUUAAUGACUGAAAGCAUCCAUCACUUCUGCUCAAAUCAUUUUGGGAAUGUCGUAGUCUUCUUGAUCACACUUGAAUGCUGGGGAAGCUAAGCAGUGUAGUACAACUGGACAAUCAGUUCCUAUGUCCAAGAACUUUUUAAAGACAGUAGGGUAGAAUGCUUACUUGUAAUCAAAAAGCAGUCUCCACCAAAACUGUAGGUCUUCAUAUUCUAUCCAGAUGGUAAAAAGUUUACUUUUCUUUUGUUUAGCUUACUACAUGCUGGGCCUUUAUUAUUUAUAGUUGAACAUCAUCUUCAUUGAUAUACCCCUUUUAUGUUUUUUCAAUGAACCUCAUCUGUAAAUCAUUAAUUGGAUUAUUAGAUAAGUGCUAAAUAAUCCCCAGCUGUAAAAUUCUAAGAAUAAUUAAAACUUCCUUUCUUAACAUUCUUAGUGAACAACUUACAGGUUAAAAAACAAACCCAAAGAGAUUAUUUCCUGCAAAGAGCCUUUAGUAUGGUAGCACCUACUUCUAGAAGGCCUGUCAUAAACUGUCGUCUAGUGAAAGUGAUGAAGAAGAGUGGCUGGGAGUCAAUCUUAGCAGGAGCUGGAACAGGUGAAGCCCUCACCAGUGAAAAAUCUUGACAGAUGCAGCUACUAAGAUUUCCUACUACAAAGAAUCAGUUAGAAAAGCAGGUUAGAGAGUUUGUUUUGUUCAACAAUACUUCAUUAUCUUACUUAUCCCAACAAAAUUUACUCCCAUAGGAUAAGAGACUUAUAUUUGUUGGAAUACUUUUACCUUUGGAGGUGACUGGCAACUUACAUCAAAAAGACUUAAGUAAUGUAUGACAUAUAUCUAGAGUUAUAUUUGUUUGAAGAGAGAGAGCAAGUUGUUUAGAUAAGAGCUUGAUUCCUUGUUCAAAUGAUGUCAACAGAUUCAUUUCUUGGUUCUGCUUCUGAGUUGGCUCCAUUUAUAGGUGAGCCAGAUUUAGGCCCCCAGCAGCACAAAAGAGAGAGUUUGCUUCCCCAUUCAAUAGUCCCAGAAUUGUGCCUCAUUGUUCUGAUUGCACAGACUUGGCUUAUAUCCCUGACAUGAACCCAAACACGAUGACCAGGCAGUGAAACAAGCAGGUUGACUUAACCUUGGUCGCACACCAAACCCUCGUAGAUUGAGAGAGAGUUAGCCUCAUGCUAAGCACAUAAGCUGAAUGUGGGGAAGUCAGCACCCUGUGUUCCAAAAACAGAGAAUAGAUAAUGAGUGUCAGGGACAACAGAUGAAAUCUCCGUGUAUUAUCUUUGUAUUGUCCAAAAUGUAAAACCUCAAAGGGAGACAGUUCAAGGUCUCAUUUAAUUAAUGUAUCCAUCUUCAAGUCUAAACUCUCUGAGGGAUGUGCACCCAGUGAGAUUAGGAUACAGGUCCCCAUGGUUCACUGAUCCAUGGCUAGUAAGUUUAACCAUCCCUACAUACCCACUGUGCAAUGGGGAGGAAGGACCCAGUACCCAUAACCAAAACACAUAUAGAAAGGAUGAGGGGGAAUGGAAAACAAUGCACAAUGAAUCCUACUUCAUAGUACACACCUAUCCCAUGGGCAGGAAAAGCAAUGACUCACUGCUCUGGCCAGACGAAGUCCAAUGUGGCUGACCUUGGCUCUGACCUCUUAAAUCAUUGCCCAUUUCCAUUUAUUUCCCCAUAGCUCCUGGUUCUGGUCUGUGGAAGGAUCCCCCCUUGAGUAUUGUCCUACUUAAGACCUGGGUACUGAGGAUGAUGUCCUUUCAGGGAGCUGCACCUUUUUUGAAGCCCACUUCAUUUUGGUGUAUGUCAGGAGCCCUGAUAAUUAUUUUAGAUGUUGACCAGAAACCUUUGGUGACUUAUCUCCUCUUCUCAGAAAUUUCACAUUCUAGGUUCAAGAGUUUCUAAUACAACAUUCCAGAAGUUAAUUUUAAUACAUUUAGUGCCCUUUUACUUGAAAAAGAUAAAAAGCUCAAAUCAAUCUGGCUUAAGCAAAAGGGGAAUUUUUUGAUGUAGAUAACCGAGAAGUCCAGGGAUAGCAUUGGCUUCAGGUAGAACUUGAUAUCAGCUGUGCACAAUGCAUGGUCUAUUGAUCUGCUUCCUCUAUGUCUAUUUCAUUCUCAGACUCCCUAUGGUGGCGACCAGUAUCUUCAAACUCAUACCAGAGUAAAGCCUUAUCCAUUUGGAGUUCUUUCUGAUGCAUUAUGUGAGAAAAACAAGCAAACAAAUGAACACUUAUUUGUAUUGGAAUUGCACUAAAUUUAUACAUGAAACUGAAAAAAACUGAUAUCUUUAUGAAGCUGCAUAAUCCUAUCCAAGGACAGACGUCUCCUUCCAUUUGCUUUUGCUUUACUAAUUUGAAUCUAUGUUAUUUGUUUUGGAUACAUCUGGAAUUGACUUUUUUGCAUGAUGUAAGAAAUAACAGUUCUUCCUGGAUCAGCCCUCUCCCGUCUGUCAUCUCCAACAGAUACAAAGCCAGCUUUAAGAAGACCAAACCUACAAAAAUCAUUCAUGCUUUCUGCCUCCAUGUUUUUCUUUCCAACCUAGUUCCUCCAGAAAAUGUAAAAGAGCAACCGAACCGUCAACUGGUACAAUGACUUCUACACGUCAGACCUCGGCCACGCCACAGUCAUCAGAUUAUUCUAUCACAGGGUCUCUCAACCGUGGAAUAUGGUCUCCAAGGGAAACAAGCCAGAGAGGGCUCAGGAGCACUGCUAUAAAGAGUAGGCAAAUGGAAAUCUUUCCCCAAAGGGCACACUGGGAUUGUUAGGCGAGGGCUGCUCAAUCCAUUAAAAGUUUAAACUCGAAAAAAAAAAAGAAAAAAAAAACCUUUUGAAAAAAUACAGAAAGCAACCUGUUCUAGAUUUUAUGUAUAAAAGAGAGUUUAUUCAGGGGACUGAAAUGUUGACAGUGAAUCAACUGGGAGGAUAUUUUCAAUCAGAACCGUAUGACUGACAGCUUUCAUAUUAUUAAUGCACAUACUAGGAGACAUCAAAUUUGAAGGGCAGGCAUUGUGCUAAGUCAGACUUCUACCUUAAAAUGCAUUACAUUUUGUCUGUAAAUCAAGGUCAGUUAUUAAAUUAAGGUGCUCUCAUCCCUAAAUACUUUAUUCCAUCAUCGUGUGUAAUUAAUCACAAACCCCUUACUUGGGGUUCUUUAGAAAGUGAUGAGCAAAACCCAUAAAAAAUUAAGAGAAAAAAUAACAGGUAUCUUUUAAAAAACAGGGAAUAAGUGCAAGGAAAUUUAAGUAUAAGUAAAAAAAUUUGCACGAUCCUUUAAAUAGAUAAUAGAUAUAAUAAUAAUAAUUUUGCAGCCCUACAAUUCCACAGCAUAUUAAUCUUUUCAAAUCUGUUAUUUUUCAUCAUUAAAACAAUCAUGUAAAACAGGUGGAGUACUUCAAUAUUCCAAUUUCACAGAUGCAUACACUGAGUCAAGGAAAAGUUAAGUAUCUAUUAAGUCAUCCAGCUUACCGGAUAUGGAACUGAGACUUGAAAGCAUAUCUUCUAAAUCCCACCUCUUCUCCAGAGAUAGUGUCAGGACAUAGAAAGCAGAAGUUAAACUGUAUGAGCUAUUCUGCCUUCCAUAUUUAUUUUUCCCAAGAAGUAAUUUUAAAAAAACAUUGGAGAUAAUGCUUUUGAAGCACUUUGCUAAAUGCUAAAUUGUCCAAACACUUUGGAAAAAAGUGGCAGUUUCUUAAAAAAUUAACAAAGAAUUACCAUAUGACCCAGCAAUUCCACUCCUAGCCAUGUACUGAGGAGAACUGAAAAUAUAUGUCCAUGUAAAAACUUAGAGUUAAAUAUUUGUAGCAGCUUUAUUUAAAAUAGCCAAAAAGUGGAAACAACCCCCCAAAAAUGUACCUCAGUGAUGGAUGUAUAAAUAAAACAUGUUGUAUACAUAACAAGGAAAUAUUAUUUAGCCACAAAAAGAAAUGAAGUUUCUUUUUCUAUUAGUUGGCCAUAAAAAGAAAUAAAGUGUUUUUUGUUUUGUUUUGUUUUGUUUUUUUGUAGCAUGUACUGACCUGGAAAACCUCAUGCUAAGUGAAAGAAGGCAGUUACAAAGGACCACAUAUUUUUGAUACCAUUUAUAUAACAUGUCUAGAACAGGCAAAUCUAGAGAGAUGGAAAGUAGGUUAGUUGUUGGCUAGUACUAGAGUAAGCAAGCAGGGAUUGAAGGGUAUUGGCUAAGGAAUACAGGGUUUCUUUCUGUGGUGCUUUUCUUAAAAAGUUCUAAAAUUGAUUGUUGUGUUGUUUGCACAAUGCCGUGAAUAUCCUAAAAGCUACUGAAUGAUACACUUUAAAUGGGUGAAUUGUAUGGUAGGUAAAUUAUGUCUCAAUAAAACUGUUAAAAAACACACAGGCAUACUCUGUUUCAAAUGUUGCCUAAGAUUAUCUCUGCAUUCAAAAGAGAUAAAAGAAACCCUCUUUCUUUACUUCCUUUACUUUUUCUUCUAUUAGUCUUCCCAGUUUUUAGGAUCCAGAACUCAAGUUCUUGUGAUAAGUUAUUUGCAAAGUACGAAGGAGUUUGAUCCACUUUGAUUUGCCUGAGAUCUAAACCCAGAUGUAGUGUUUUGAUGGGCAUUCUGAGUUUUCAACAUCCUACUGACAGAAAGACUGGCUGGAAGGACACAAUCCUUCUGUACAAAGGACACUGAGUAUUCUUUAAUCUUGUAUCUGUUUUUGUUUCUGUCUCUUACCUGGAUUCUUGUGUUGCAUUAUCCACACUUACACAUAACAAUUCAUAACACUUCAACUCUAGGCCAUUAGAUUGGGUGUGGGGGGGGGGGUUUAAAAAACCCUGUAGCCAGGCAUGAUGCCUCAGGCCUGUUAUCUCAGCAUUUUGGGAGGCCGAGGUGGGAGGAUGGCUUGUGGCCAGGAGUUCAAGACCAGCCACAGCAAUGUAGUCAGAUCCUGUCUCUACAAGAAAAUCAAAAAACUAGCCAGCCAUGUCACCAUAUGCCUGUAGUCCCAGCUACUCAAGAGGCUGAGGUGGGAGGAUUGCUUGAGCCCAGGAAGUUGAGGCUGCAUGAAUUAUGAUUAAAGGACUGCACCCCAGCCUGGGCACACAGCAAAAUGCUGCUUCUAAAAAAAAAUUUUAAAAAUGAAUACAGAAAGAAAAAUUUAAAAAUAAACACUGUAACCACUAUUACUUACUUGACUUCCCAUCUUUCCUUUUUCUAGCUUUUAGAGAAACGGCUCUUAGUAUCUCUGUAAACCACCUACCUAAUCACUAGCUUAAUCUGAUAUAAUAAAAUAAAAUUUACAUAAAAUCAUUCCCAUAGUAACUAUCUACACAAUUAGAUAUAAUAGUUCUCUAAUUUUAAGAGGUAACUGUUCUCUUUUCAGGUGCAAAGUUAACCUAAAACACAGCACAAUGUUUUUUUAAAAAAUACAUUAGUCAAAUCUAAGCAGGCAUAUUAAACAAUAAAAGGAGGUGAUUUCAUUACAUGCACAAGGCUGAAAACUUUUUUCUCACUUAAUUAUUUAAAGAUUGUGAACUCUUUGAUGUAAGAAUGUGUUUUUUAAUUCAUUUUUAUGCCUUUACAUUUCUUGAAUAUCUUGAAUAUUUCCUACUAUAU